CGUUGUUGGGUUGUUUACGCGCUGGAGGCCGGGGGCAGCGCAGCACCAUAUUUUAGUAAAAAAAUAACCUCUAACAACGGUGUAGAUUCCCAUUCUGGUGUGUGAAUAAAGUUUAACGAUGCAUAACCGGUUGAUAAACGGCGGGGAGAUCCGCUCUAUCACUGACUGAACACUUUAACGCAACACUUUUCUCCUGUCCGACACCGAGCCUGAGCUCAGCUCUUCAUUCUGCUCUUUCUCCACAUUUCUCUCAUUUAUCGCUGAUUUUCACCCACUUUGGAUUUUCGGUGUGUGAGGCGCGAGAGAGAUGGGUGCGUUCUUGGACAAGCCGAAGAUGGAGAAGCAGAACGUUCAUGGCGAGGGGAACGGGCUGCGCUACGGCGUGAGCAGCAUGCAGGGCUGGCGCGUGGAGAUGGAGGACGCUCACACGGCCGUCAUCGGCCUCCCGCACGGCCUCGAGCCCUGGUCCUUCUUCGCCGUGUACGACGGCCAUGCCGGCUCUCAGGUCGCCCGCUACUGCUGCGAACACCUGCUCGAGCACAUCACCAGCAACCCCGACUUCCAGGGCAGCAGCGGAGGGGAGGAGGAGCCAAGCGUGGACCGCGUCACGUCGGGAAUCAGGACCGGCUUCCUGCAGAUCGACGAGCACAUGCGGGAGAUGUCUGAGCGGAACCGGAGUGGCUCGACGGCGGUGGGUGCCAUGAUCUCGCCGCGGCGCAUCUUCCUAAUCAACUGCGGCGACUCUCGGGGGCUGCUGAGCCGCGCCGGCGCCGUGCACUUCUCCACACAGGACCACAAACCCAGCAACCCACUGGAGAAACAACGCAUCCAGAACGCAGGGGGAUCCGUCAUGAUCCAGCGUGUGAACGGCUCUCUCGCCGUGUCCAGAGCUCUCGGAGAUUUCGACUACAAGUGUGUGAGUGGAAAAGGCCCCACGGAGCAGCUGGUCUCCCCCGAGCCCGAGGUUUACGCCAUCGAACGCUGCGAGGCCGAGGACGAGUUCAUCGUCCUGGCCUGCGACGGCAUCUGGGACGUGAUGACCAACGAGGAGCUGUGUGACUUCGUACGCUCGAGACUGCAGGUGACCGACGACCUGGAGAGAGUGUGCAACGAGAUCGUCGAUACCUGUCUCUACAAGGGAAGCAGAGACAACAUGAGCGUGGUGUUGGUGUGUUUUAGCGGCGCGCCGAAGGUUACACCAGAGGCCAUGAAGAGAGAAGCAGAACUCGACAAAUACCUGGAGAACCGAGUAGCAGAGAUCCUGAAGAAGCAGAAUGAUGACGGAGCACCAGAUCUUGUCCACGUGAUGCGAACGCUGGCAUCAGAGAGCAUCCCAAACUUACCGCCUGGAGGAGAACUGGCCAGCAAGCGAAGCGUUAUUGAAGCAGUAUAUAACAAACUCAACCCCUACAGGAAUGAGGACACAGACUCUGCGUCCGCUGAUGACGUGUGGUAGCGUUUUACAACACACGCUCCGGCUUCUCUCUCACACACACACACACACACACGCACACACACGCAGAGCGGAACGGAUGGGACGCCAGCUGAAGAGGAGGAACGAGGGAAUCAUCCCUUUACGCUCAGCUCCACUCGCGACGGGACAUUUCAUUCCUUCUUUUUUUAUUAUUUUUUUAAUCAUUUUUCUGAUAUAGUUUUGUUUUUUUUGUUUUUUGGGGCGGGGUGGUGUAAGUAAUUUGAUUCACAUCAUCGUGUGUGUUUGUAUAUUUGUUUUUGAAGUGCAAUUGUAUUAAAAAAAAGCCUGUAUCAAAUGCAGCUUGUUGUUAAAUGUAAAAAAAAAGAAAAAAAGAAGAAGAACUAAACGUUAAGAUAUUUUAAAAAAAGAGGAACCCUUUAUGCACUAUCUGCCUUGUCAUAGGAAAUGCCGACUCUCUCUCGGUAAGUUCCCUUUGGCUUGAACGCUUGUUUUCCGUGAGGCGUGUGCCGACGCCGCGUUUCUACAUCGCGAUGUUUGAGGGGAAAGACGUACCGUGUCCGUGGGACGAAGUCGAAACCACGAUCCGGAACAGGAACCCGAGGACCCGGAGACUCCGAGCGCUCCGAUUGGUCGUUGUUCUAGUGGGUGUUCCUAUCUGCCGGUUGCCACGGUUUCUCCAGUAGUGUAGCACGCCUGUAAAAGAGACACGGCGAGCUACAGGACGUACGCAAACACCACGCACUUCACCACGGGUCAGUCGUCUUCCUGCGAAAUACAAAUAAAGCAACGUUCUUGCUGGACCUAAUCGCACGGAGAACCUUUCGCUCUUUUCCCACGGCCAUCUUUUACAUCCGACACCGUGUGUACCGUGUGCCGCCGUUCCGUGUCUUGACCUAUAUCGGAAAAAACUUUUUUCCGGAGUUCUGACUGUGCAAGUGUUCACGCGUUCCCCGCAUUCGGCGGUAACUUUAGAAAACCGUUCCAAAAACACCUUCUUCUUCGUUUUUUUCUUCGUUGUUCCUCGCACCGCGUUCCCAGUUUCGACCGAAAAUAAACCGGCGGACGUGUUCGUGUUCCUGUAGCUGACAGCGCUGCCGUGACGUCAUAGGAACCGGUUAUUAUUAUUUCGUAAUUUUUUAAACAUUUUUAAAAUGUGGUUUUUUGUUGUUGAGCGUUUUCUCUGGAGUGCACACUGCUGCCCCCUUCUGGUGUGACCGCUCGGCUUUACUCCGAGUCGUCCCGAACACCACGGACUCAUUUCCGGGAGCAGAAACGCUGCGUGUCGUGCUCCGCCAUCUCCUUCUCUCGUCGUCCGCGACAGCCACGUGGUGCGUAUCGAACAUCGCAGCGUAUCGUCUAACCGAUCGUCGGCACACGCCUGACGUCACGUUCAGAUUUUUCUCCCUGCUCCUUUGAUGAAACGGGUAAACGAUAACGGCUUACAGCGCAGAGAGCUUCUUUCCCUUUUUUUAAAUGGGUCCAUUUGUUUUCUUUAUUCGUUUUGUUAUUGGUUCUUGAUUGGCACAUAGGACACAUCGCUUAAGAGAGAGAGAGAGAGAGAGUGUGUGUGUGUGUGUGUGUGUGUGUGUGUGUGUGUGUGUGUGUGUGUGUGUGUUUCAGUCCAGAUUUAAUCUUUCUUUCUGAAUAGUUGUUAAUGUUUUUGAAAAGGAAAAAAAAAUCAUGAGCUCUUCCUUACGACCAAGCUAAGCUCGAGUGUGUGUGUGUGUGUGUGUGUGUGAUGAUUUUUCCUCCACAGAACACUGUAUCAUUAUUGACCUGUUAUCAUUUUUUUUCCCUCAGAAAUGUUUGUGUUCAUUUGUUGUAUUAUAAUUGAUUGUGUAAUAUUCCUGCGCUGUGUUCCAAUUCCGCUUUAACAUUGGGAUUCAUUUUACUGAAGUGCGCCCUGGUUCACGCCCCCCAGCGCGAGUCAGAGCCCUUAUUACUGUGUAAUAAAACCGUAAUUACAAGCUAACGAAGUGAAGCGCAGAUCCGAGGAACUGAACAGCGAGACCACGUUAAUCACGGUUACGGAGCGACGUGCGUGUGAAUAAGCCACGCCCACAAUCAUAAUACACAACAAAGAAUUUCAGAAGAAAGAAAAAACCCCCCACAGAUUUGUAGGAAUUCUCUCAUUAUUAUUUAUUAUUAUUUAAGUUCAGAUAUUUUGCAGUAAGGCUCCUUUAACUGGACGUUGUUAACGGUGUUAACGAACGUUAAUAAAUGAUAAACCGACGCCCCCAGUAAACAAACCCAAGCAUGAGUACAGGUGUUAAAGCUGUGUGUCGUUAACGUUCACCGAGGUUAGAGAGUGUGUUUGUGUAUUUAUUGUUACGUGUGUGUUUGUCUGGUAGUUCGAAUCAGCGGUCAGGUUUUAGAUCACGCCGCGAGCCGCUUUAUUUGCUUCUCGUUUUAAAAAGAACAGGGAAACAAAGUCGUCAUGUUGCAGCAGUGCAUUCUGGGUAAAUUGUGCUCCUGGAGUCUUAACUUAAUUUGCGCUGAUGAGAAACACCUGAGCGGCCUUUAAGUCGGCGGCGGAGAGGAUCUGAGGACGUAGGGGACGUGGACGAGGGCGUAUUUAAAUAAAUAAAUAAAUAAAUAAAUCAGGAUUGGAACACAGCCUCGGAGCGUCUCAAGUCUUAAACCAACUGCGAGCUUACACACGUCACGCUCUGUUCUUCGACCAAGGUUUCAUUUUCCAGCUUUUGUGUGUGUGUGUGUGUGUGUGUGUGUGUGUGUGUGUGUCCUCAGCUGAUGCUUUUCCAUGUUGCUCUAUUCUGCCGUAUUCUUCUUUUUGAAUGUUUUUAUUUUUUUACUUUUUCAGCAGAGAACAAACACAAAGCUUUUGUCGUUGUUCAACUUUGUGUGUGUGUGUGUGUGUGUGUGUGUGUGUGUGUUCCUCAGGCUCUGAGACGUUUGUUUGUUUGUUGUUUUGGGGGUUUUUUGUGAAAGUCGGGAACAUGAACACCGUUUGCUGCUAGCGUGUGAUUGAUUAAUGGACUUGUUGAUUUUUUUCCCUCUUGGGUAAAUGCUGUAAACAUUUCUGUAAAAUCUGAUUUCAUUUCUGCAGAGAGAACGUCACACACACACACACACACACACACACACACACACACACACUUGAGAGAGAGAGGUGUGUUCACUGUACUAUAGAUCUGUUCAUUUCUUUUAAUCCUGGUGGUUAGUUUGUCCGUGCUGUUCGUCCUUCCUGCUGAGCCGAACCUCAACAAUAAACCAGUUUCCUACAAAA